AUGAAGGUGCCCUUAUCCGUAACUUGUUUGGUGUUGCUUUUGCUUCCACGUGGUAAGUGUUUCGUACAAGGGACUUAAAAUGGCUAAUGAAUGGUCGCAAUAUUAAUAUGAAAUAAUAGAAAAAAUGGCUUUUAUUUGAAGAACAGGAGCUUCAAUGGUUGCCCCCGAUUUUUGGGCAAAAAAUUGUUAUCUUUUAACGAAAAAAUUUAGAAAUUCAUGAUUUCUAUGAUACAUUGGUUGCCAUAAUUGAUUAAUUCUAUACUGGACCAAAAGAUUUCUGAUGUAAAAUCCAAACGUUGAGACAAUAAUUUCUGUAGAAUUAAUACAAUCAGGGAUGCGCCUUUUUGGAUACGAAACGAAGGAACAGGCCAAUUGGUCACAUUCACAUGGUUAGAUAUGUUCCGUUGGAUUAUAAUUGCACAUUAGAGUCAAGCAUCGUUAUAAUGGGUUCUGAAAUCAUUUUACACUAUCAUCUGGAACUUGAAACACUAAUGACAUAAAUAGUAGUGCAAAACCACUGAAUACUUAAUUAAAAUGGUUUAGAGAUCAAUGAUUUCAACUGCUGCAAGUAUCCAAUUUUUCAAGAAUACCGCAAUAAAUCAUGUUGUACCAGUUGUUCUCUGGUCAUGCCGUGAUGAUUCAACUACCUCCUUUAUGGUUUUGCAGCCAACUAUUGUUGACUGUGUCCUGUUUCUGAUGUGAGUCAUAAUGGAUUGGUUCCUUCUAAUUUUCACGUCUGUUCUGAUUGGCUGUUGUGAAAAGCGCUGUCUCGGUUUUGCCUUCCUCAAUCGAGUGAACCUCUGCCUCCCUCAAUCGAAUGAGCUUCUGGACAUAUAUCAACUGAGGAUGAUUUAACUCCUUUGAUUUCCAUCCCAUUGAUAUACCGUUAGUAUUACACUGCUAAAUAAUCAUCAUAUCACCAACUGUAUAAGGGCUUUUUAAUUAGACAUUAGCGUCACAUUGUUCUAGACAAGUAUCUAGAGAAAACAGAGAAGUAUUAUUUUGAUGUAUGAAUCAUUUUAUUAUUUUGUUAUACGAAGGGGAAGGUUUGUCGUGCUAUGAGUGCUUGGAAUCUUCCUCGUGGGACCAGUGCACGAACCAUCAGGAACCUCGUUACUGUGAACCCGGAUGGAAAUGCGUAAUCAUGAAAGAGAAGGCUAAGGGGAAGAACGAGUACUAUUACCGAAGAACGUGCAGUGAAGAGUCAGUGUGUAAAGAGUUCUGUAAAGACAAACAGGAUUGCGUUUACUCUUGUUGUGGCAGCGAUAACUGCAAUAAAGGGGAGAUCUAA